UCAAUCAAUAGACUUGACGGCGCUCAAAUUACUGAUCAAUGCAAUGAUCUUGGUGUUACGGAAUAUUUCAAAGAUCCUUUGGAUUAUGAACCAUGCAAUGAUAAAAGUGAUCUUGGUGUUACGGAAUAUUUCAAAAAUCCUUUGGAUAAUGAUUUUGUCUUAUACAAUGAUUCAACUCUAAUACACUCUGAUGUUCCCACAACAACAAUUUAUAACACCUGCGAUUCAUUUAACUUUGAUGAAAGACCAUCUUCGCUAGAACUCCAACAACAAAAUGGGUUUCAAGAAGUUAUAUACGGAGUUUUCAUUAUGCCACUUACCUCUCAAAAUUUCAUAUUUAAUGGUGAUUGUAAUUUUGAAUUUCAUGAAAAUAAUG